CUACGCCCCUCCCAGCCUUGUAAGCCAACUCCGACGACCGGUCGGAGCUUUACUGAGGUGUUGUUGGCUGAUUGUGUGAAACCUCUACGAGUACAACCAGAAUCAUCAUCAACGGGUACGAGUGAGUACUAGCAGUACUACCUCUGCAAUCAUGGACAACUUCAUGCUGAAGCUCGAUGAGUUCGUCACCGAUCUCUUCGGCCAGUGGGAUAUCUACACCACCAUCAUCGCAGGAUCUAUCGUUACCUUUACUAUCUACUCGAUCGUCAACUCCCGCGAUCCCGAUGCACACCCAAUGCUUCUCGCCCGCCAGGCGCAAGCAUCGCCGGUCCGACAAGAAGGAGAGUCUUCCGUAUAUCGAUGCCACUCCGCUCCUCACGGUACUCCGCUCGCCUCGGGUCUGAAUGUAAAGGACGCAACCGAUUCAAAAUGGAGCCGAGGACGAGAUGGAGACUUGCGGGAUAUCUGGCGAAGAGUUGUCACCGGAAAAGUCGAUGCAGAGGGUAAUCCAGCAGGCGAAAAAGGAAGGCUUUUGACCAUACUCGGCUCGGAAAAGACGGUAGACCACAAUCUUCGUAAGUGCCUUCAGUGUUGUCCAUAUCUACAUACUAAUGGCUAGAGAUAGCUGAUGUCAGUCGACAACUCAACCUAAUUGGUCAGCAUCUCAAGCAGAACGGGGGAAAGAAUGUAGCCAUCUAUCUACCCAACUCGGUGGAAUUCUUGGCUACAUUGUUUGCCUGCGCCUUCUACGAUUUGGACGUGGCACUUGUUCCUUAUGACCAGCCAAUUGAUCAGAUCAUCUCAUUCCUCAAACAGUCAAAAUCAGAUGCGGUUGUAGCAGCAGUUGGAUCAUUCCCUUUUGAUGUUGUUUCCAAAAGCUAUCCUGCCCUGAAGCAACUGAUUUGGGUCGUCGACGAUGGCAGCAAACAUAUGGAUUGGAAUGAGGUCCCUACCGGUACGGGUGGGCCAGUCAAUGUUUCCACAUGGCAAGAAAUUAUCCAAGAUGCAUCACCAUCCAGUGGAGCAGAUCUCCCAGCUAUUGAUCGAACAACCGAGCCCAAGAAGGUAAUGGCUUUCUCUCCUGCUGGUGAACUUGUGGAAUACACCCACGCCAACAUCGUUGCUGGCGUUGCUGGUCAGCUUUACUCGGUGCCAACAACACAACGAAUCAAGCCCACAGACUUAUUCCUUCCUGUUGUAUCAUUGGCAACCAUUUUCCCACUCACCUUGACCCUCGCUGCCCUCUACUCAAACGCCUCUGUUGCAUUGAACUCGGUUGCAGUCAAGAAUCCAGAUCUGGUUUUGGCAACCCAAGGUGUCGCUCCUACUGUCAUUGUCGCAUCACCGGAAACAAUGGCAAAGGUUCUUUCAGAAACUACAGAAAAGAUGUCCUCUCCCGUUUACCGCAUUAUCCACUCACUUCAAACUCGUACACUUCACGAAGGCGGAGUUCUACCAAGUCCAACCAUGUUCUCCCGUCUCUUCGACUCCCUUCGCCCAAUCAUUGGCAAUAUUCCUGGGCAACUGCGUCUGAUUUACAUUCCCCACCAAAUCGGGGCAGACUCGCCUCCUCUUAGCGCUAAGGAUCUAUCAGACUUGCGAAUUUACACCGGAUCUAGGAUUGUUUAUGCUCUUACAUCUCCUCAGGUUGCUGGCGCAAUCACCCAAAGUGCUAUCUAUGAUUACCGAGUGGACAAGUCCUCAGGGAACUUUGCUCACUUUGGUCCGCCUGUGACAAGUAUCGAGAUUCUACUCAAAGACACUGCACAACUCAAGACCACAAACGAAUUGUCCAUCGGAGAGGUAAGUCUUGAGAGGUCAGUUAAUUCUGCAAUGCUUACAUAUAAUAGCUUUAUGCGGGCGGCCCUGCAGUUGUUGGGGGUGUGGUAUCCAUGGGUGUCAAUGGUAAGAUCAAUGGGGACCAUACAUUCGGUCUAUUGUGA